AUGGAUCAAACGGACGAGGCGUCGUCGGUGAACGAGCAGAGCGCGGAGCGGCCGCAGCCGUCCGUGGUGGCCGGCGGCAGCGGCGCCAUGGCGUGGCUCGACCUCACGCUGGCCGUGAACGCCUCUCUCGACGAGCAGCUCCCGGCGACGGACGCGGGGGAGUCCUCGUCCGCCGUCUCAGACGGCGAGCCGACGGCCAAGCCCGCGUCUCCUUCUCCUCCUCCUGCCGCGCCCGCGCCGCACAAGGUGUUCUCGUGCAACUUCUGCAUGCGCAAGUUCUUCAGCUCGCAGGCGCUGGGCGGGCACCAGAACGCGCACAAGCGGGAGCGCAGCGCGGCCAAGCGCUCCACGUCGGCGUACCACCACCACCACCUCCACGCGCAGCAGCGGAUGCUCAUGGCGGGCCUGCCGCUUGAGGCGCACGCCGCCCUGGUGCGCGCCGCGCUGCGGGUCAGCCCGGCCAGCACGGUCAUCCACAAGGCCGCCAGCGCCAGCCAGGACCUCGCCGCGGCGCGGGCGGCUGCCGCCGGUGCCGGUGCCGCGGCCUCGAGCACGGCGCCCAGGUUCCACGACGGCGACAGUAGCAACGCCUCCACGGUUGCCACACCGUGGUCGCCGGCGCUGCUCUACGAGGAGCCGGUCAGCUCGACGUGGCCCGGGAGCUUCCGGAUGAGAGCCCAGCCUGAGCCGCCGAGCUCGGAGCAGCAGGCGUCGGAGCAGAGUAAGAAGAUAGACUUGGAUCUCAGGCUGUGA